UCCCCUCGGGGAGGGACUAUUUCUUUUCUCUCGGUUUGUCAAGGGGCGCAGCGCCCUCGGGCAGGGCAGGGCAGGGCAGCACACGCUAGAUCCUCAGUCAGAUUAAUUGAAUUGCAGCUAAUUACUGUGAUGGGAAUGAGGAUUUGGGGAGCCAGGCGAGGCCGAUAAGCAAGUUACUCGCUUUGGACCCUUCCGUUCCGCCUCCAUUUAGGAGAAACGGGGAGAAGGACGACAACGGUUACAAGUGGGUUAAAAAGCACAGCCUCGGGCUGCCUAUCACGAGGGUCCCGCGGUUCGGACAAUAACAGGCCAAGCCCCGGGGGCAGAAGCCGCAGCCGGCGAGGCCCGGGCUAGAACGGCACGGCCUGGGACUGGGGGAGGGAGGCUGCACCCCAGCCUCAUUCCACCCGCCGAGUCUACCUCGGGGCCCCUUCCGGGAGCCGGUCGACAGAAUGAGGGACUUCAACAGGUGUAAAAGGCGAAGCGGGAAGCCCUCGAGUCGGAACAGGGUGGGGCCGGCCGGGAGGAAGGACUGACGGCCCCACCCCGUUUCCAUCCCCACCACCUAUGUCCACGAGUUCAGGUCCCGCCCAUUGGCGCUCACAACCAAUACAAAGAGAUCUCCUUUAUCUCCGCCCCUUCUCUGCCGGAACCCCGCCCCGCAGGCAGUGACGUCGCGCCCAUCCCCCCUUCAGCCGCGGGAUUCAAAUUCCCGGAAGCUGUGGAGGGCUCGGCCGUGGAAGAGGGUGUACUACGUUGCCGUCUCAGGGUGAGGUAAAAGGGCCUGUAUGAUGAUGAAGCCUUCACUAAUCCCCUGAAUAUUCCAGAUAUGUCCUCCAGAAGCCCCAAAGAUUUCGUAAAAAGUAAAUGGGGAUUAAAGACUAGCACCUCCAAGUCUGAAACUGAAUUAGAGAAAUUCAAGAAAGAAAAUGCAGCCCUUAAAAAGUCUGUGGAAGAAAAUGCAAAUGGAAAAGGAAAGUUGGCAGAAAAAGAAAGACACAGACUUCUAGAGAAAAUACUUGCCCUUGAAACUGAAAAGGAGAAGAAUAGUUACCAUCUGGUAGAGAAGGAAAAAGAAAUACAGCGAUUAAAAGAACAACUGAAAUCUAGAAAUAGCACUGGGUCAUUACUGAAUCAAUUAGAAGAAAAAACCAAAGAGGCGGAAAGAAGAGAACAACUCUUGAAGUCUUUAUCAGAAGAGACCGACAUUUUGAAAAAGCAGCUGUCUGUAGCAACCACAAGACUGUCAGAACUUGAAAGCAAAGCCAGUACACUUCAUUUAUCACAGAACAUGGCUACAAGUUUCACUGAAUCCCCUGUGGUUAAUAUUCAUGCAGUGGAAAUACAGCUGAAAGACGCUCUGGAGAAGAACCAGCAGUGGCUAAUAUAUGAUCAGCAGCGAGAGGCUUAUGUGAGAGGACUUAUGGCAAAAAUCUUUGAAUUGGAACAGCAAUCAGAAGCAGCUGCUCAUUCACUCCAACAGCAAUCAAAAAAGAAUGACUCAGAAGGCUUUCUUCAAGAAGAGAAGCAAAAAUACUACAACCAUCUCUUGAUGAAUGUCAGAAAGGAUCUGGAGGCUGAACGACAAACUGUAACCCAGUUGAGUUUUGAACUUAAUGAAUUCCGAAGGAAAUAUGAAGAAAGCAAGAAAGAAAUUUUAGAUUUAAAUAACCUGUUGUCUUCUUUAAGAGAGGCUGAUGUACAACAUAUGGAAGAUAACAAAUACAAAACAGAGAAAAUACAAAAGUUAAAGAAAGAGAAUGAAAUUGUCAGAGAGAAACUUGAAGAAGAAAAAAAAAGAUCUGAGGAUCUGUUAUCUCAGGUCCAGUUUCUCUACACAUCUCUACUAAAGCAACAGGAGGAACACACAAGGGUGGCUUUAUUGGAACAACAGAUCCAAGCUUGUACUAUAGAUUUUGAGAAUGAAAAACUUGAUCGUCAGAACAUGCAGCAUCAAUUGCAUAAAGUUCUUAAGGAACUAAGAAGAGCAAGGGAACAAAUAACCCGAUUGGAACCUUUGAAACAACUCCAGGAAUAUGUCCACAUAGAGCCAUCUGACCUUUUCCCAGGAGAACAUGAGGAAAAAUUAAAAACUGAUUCACCAAAGCGCUCCAAUCUGUUAGAUGAGAGCUUCUUAGAGUGUCCUAAAUGUAAAGCACAGUACCCAACGAGUCAGCACAGAGAAUUGUUAGCUCAUAUUGAUUUCUGCGAAAACUAGCAAGGUAAUACUUGUAUUUAUGCAUCAAAGAUCCAAUACUGUAUCUUAUAUUAGCUUGUGGACAUUUUGAAUUCACAUAUCAGAGACCCAGUACUGUAUCUUACAUUAGCUUAUGGACAUUUUGAAUUCACGUUUCAUUUAAAAUUGUAGAAGAUGCUGCCUGCCUGCCUGCCUGCCUUUCAGAUUCCAGCUAAAGAAGUCAAUCAUUAUAUUUCUCUGGCUAUUUGCUAUUUUCCAUUGCAGUGAUAUUUCCCAGGGUUCAUGCAUCAUCUAGGCAUGUUAAAAAUGAUAAGACUUUUCUGAAUAUGUAUAUUGAGACUACUGACAUUUUGCACUAUAAAAUAUUCAUUUGGGAAGUAGAAAUGCAUAGAGAGUUCAGAUUAUUUUUAGUGCUCAUGCACCAAAUAUUUUAUGGUCAAUGGUGCAAUAAAAUAAACACUGGCAAGAACAUUGUAGAACAUCUGUAACAGUUAUAUAGGAAUGUUUUAUCUUUUGGUCCACGCUCUUAUAAACUAAAAUAAUGGUUUGCAAACACUGGUUUGCAUGUCCUUUAAAAAAAACUGCAGUGGAAUUUUUCAUUAUUUUUAUUUGAUAUUAUAGCGUAGUAUUGGAAAAGUCAGAAGUGACAUGUUUUGCUGCUUGCUGAUAUGCCUUAUAUAUCAGCAAUGUUCAGAGUGUAAAAAAGAUUGCCCAUGGAGACUAAAGUAACCAAUAAGCAGCUGCACAUGAUGUUUACAUUCAUAUUUACUGGAAAGUAUUUCAUCAAACUUUCAAUAGCAUAUGUUGGUCCACUGAAAAAUUAAAACUAAUUCUACCAAAA